AUGAAGCAAGUUGCUGAAGAUUUGCCUGAGGAUUAUGAUAGUGAAGACUUGGAGGUUGAAGUUCGUAAUGAUUUGAAGGAAUGGGAUUUAUAUUUCAAGCCUAGUGAAAAGAUUCAGGGAAAAGUGAUGUUAUUCCCUAAUCAGGAUAACAUUGUUGUCAAAAAUAUUAAUUCCAAGUUGACUAAAGAUCAACGUAAGUUGUUUCGUGGUACUUGUUUUGGUUAUUUUUUGGAUAGCCAUCCUGUUGGUUUUCAGUCUCAACUAGUUCAUAAUGCCUUACAUAGGGAGGUAUAUCAGAAAAAUGAAAAAGAAAUGUGGUUUAAGUUUGGUGAUGAGAAUUUCAGAUUCAGUUUAGCUGAGUUUGCUGUUGUUUCUGGUUUACUGUGUGUUGGUGAUGCCGAUUUGAGUAAGUAUACACACAGAGAAAAUGCUUUUGUUGAUCGAUAUUUUUGUGAUCAGACAGUGACUGUUAGUGCUGUUGAGCAUAGGUUUAUGUAUAUUGAUUUCAAGUCAGAUGAGUAUGCUGUGAAGAUGGCUGUUUUGUACUUUGUUACUAAUUGUUUGAUUAGUAGCGUUUACUCAAAAAAAGUUCCUGUUAAGAUUUUGAACAUAAUUGGGGUUGAUGAGUAUGGUAGUUUUCCAUGGGGUAUACCAGUGUUUGAAUUAACUUUGCACAAUUUAAAGAUUGGUCUGAGGGGUGUUAUGAAGGGAAAAGGUGUUGCUAAGCCUCUUGCUAAGGUUAAAGGGAAACAUUUGGAAAAGGGUCAUCGAUCUUAUAAACUUCCUGGUUUACCUUUUGCAUUUUUGGUUUGGUUGUAUGAAACCAUUCCUUUGUGCUUGAAGGCAAGGUUUUGUUCCUAUGAUUCUGGUAAACCAUAUAGGUUUUGUAGAUGGAAGAGUAUUGGAAAUCCAAAUUCAAGUGAAGUUGAGAAGAAAGUUCUAUCUUCAAAUAAGCUGAAAGGAAAACAUAUUGUGCCUACUGAAAAUGAAAGGAAUGGUUUAUUGGUCCUUACUGGAAUGGAGUUUAUUGGCCGAGAAGAGUCAGAUGAUGACUUUGAUGAUGUUCCAUUCUCAAAGUUUAAUGUUGAUAGAGUUGGAUCUUCUGGUGUACAGAAGGAGUUUACUGGUGGGUUUGAUGUCGAUGGUGUGAUGCGUAAGAUGAAGGAGUUUAUUUCUAGGCAAAAAAAGACUGAUGAGUCUAUUGAAUUUAAUGAGUUGAAGGAAGCUAUUGAAAAUGCAAAAAUUUCUAAAGAUGGAAAUGAUAGUCCUGAUGAGAGCGACGGCAAGAAUGAUGAUUUAAAUGAUGUUGAAGUUUUUGAUGUGAAAAGUCAAGAUGCAAUUGAAACUGUUGGACUCGAUGAGAAUAUUCAAUAUACUCAGGUUUUUAAUGAUGAUGCUCCUUCAUUUGAUAUUAUGAGUUUUAUUUCUAGUAAACCUGAUUGGUUUACUGAAGAAAAAAAGAAUACUGAUAAAUUGAAUGAUGAAGAACAGGUUGUUGAUGAUCAUGGCCUUUUUAAGGAUGUUGUUAAAAAAUCUAAGGAGGAUGAAGAUGAUGGUGGAGAUGACCAGGGUUUGGGGGGUGGUGAUGCUGUUAAAGCUAUUGGUUCAGAUGGGACAAAUAAAGACAAUGUUGAGGGAAAGAAUACUGAAGAAGCAAAAGAUGUUGCAGAUGGGAGUAAUAAAGAUAAUGUUGAGGGCAGAGCAGUUGAUGUAGAUGCAAGUGUAAAUGAUGUUGAAGGUGUUGCUAGUAAGGGAAAGUUGUUUGAUAGUCAAGGCACUGAGGAUAGUAUCACUGUGUCUGCUUUGGAGAUUAUAAAUGAAAAGAUUGAUGCCUAUGAGGGAAGCAUUAAAAAGGAUAAGUCUUUAAAUAAAUUAGAGGCAACAAAUGCUGAUGUUUUAUCUACCUAUGGGUUGGACAAGACUGAUGUUGUUGGUGUUGAGAAGAAACAUGGUUCUCAAGAAAGCUUUUCUGUAUCUACCAUGGAGGUUGUUAAUGAUCAUUUGGUUUCCUAUGAAGACAGUUUGAAAAAGGGAAAGUCUAUAAAAUUGGAGGAAGAAACUCCUACAGUUGGAAAUAGAGAGAGGAAACCUAGUUCUGUAUACAACAGUCCGUAUACCACAGAAUUUGGUUCAGGUAGUAUUGUGGUUUAA